CCCUGUCAUCACUGUCAUCUCUCCGUGAGCUCAACCUCCGGAAUAACUCUCUGUCUGGUCCGAUUUCUCAUGUCAACUUCUCUGGCAUGCCGCUUCUUGCUUCGGUUGACUUGAGCGCAAACUACCUGAAUGGGUUGCUGCCAGUUAGCCUUGCCGAUUGCGGCGAGCUAAGGUCGCUCAGCCUUGCCAACAACAGAUUGGUCGGCACCAUCCCGUCCUGGAUUGGUGAGCUUGACCACCUUCACUACUUGGAUCUCUCAAAUAAUUCAAUGACUGGCAAGGUACCCAAGAGUUCGACACGACUCAAGGGCCUCACCACCGUUGUGGGCCAUUCACCGGGUAUGGCUUUCACUAACAUGCCCUUGUAUGAGAAGCGUAGCAGGCGCAUACUCGGCCAACAACCAAAUGUCAUAUCUGGAAGCCGCAACACUAUCAGAUCUGGGAGCAACAAUGUUCUAUCUGGGAAAGACAACACCGUCAUAUCCGGGAAUGACAAUGUUGUAACCGGGAGCAACAAUGUCGUAUCUGGUAGCGGCAAUGUCGUAACUGAGAGAAACCAUGUCGUAUCUGGGAGCGACAAUGUCGUAUCCGGGAGGAACAAUGUCGUAACUGGGAGCUAUAAUGUUGUAUCUGGGAGAAACCAUGUCGUAUAUGGGAACAAUAAAGUUGUAACUGGAGCAAAUGAAAUAUCAGGCCUCGUGAGUGUCAAGUACUGA